CACUGUCACUCUCUCUCUCUCUCUCUCGCUUUACUCGCUAGCUUCUCAAUUAGCUCUGUUUUCUGCUCAAGCACCAUCUUUCAUUCCUCCCACUUCCCACUCGCCCCUAAUCGUUCACUACCGUCUCUCUGGAAUCUGGAUUAAGCGGCAUAAAUCCGCUCAACAAAUGGAGCGAAAACAAGGGUUUUUCUCGGCUCUGAAAGGGGAAGUCAUCAGAGGACUUUCGCCGAGCAGGUCGCGUGCAAAGAGCCCGGCCAGGAGUGCGUCGCCAAUGUCGAGUCUUUUGCGUCGGAGGAAGGGCCACGGACAGCGCGUCUCGCAGCCGGAGCCGCUUAUAAUCGCGAGAUCGGGAAGUUUGCGCCCCCCGGAGACCCUUUCACCGUUGAUGGAAGGGCCGGAUCAGGACGGCGUCGGAGAUUCCAGCAGGGCGGAAGGUCGGUGGGGUCGUCAGUGGAUGAAAGGCCCUCUCGCCAGAGCGCCGUCGGCGGCAGCGUCGUCGGCGGAUGGCUGCAAAAGGGCUGAUCUGAGAUUGCUGCUCGGCGUUUUGGGUGCUCCGCUGGCUCCUGUUCAUGUUAGCAGCGCUGAACCGUUGCCUCACCUCAGCAUAAAGGACACUCCAAUUGAAACCUCCUCUGCACAGUACAUAUUGCAGCAGUACACGGCUGCCUCUGGAGGACAGAGGCUUCAAAGUUCCAUCCACAAUGCUUAUGCUAUGGGAAAAGUGAGGAUGAUUGCUUCAGAGUUUGAGACAGCCAACAAGGUGACCAAGAAUAGGGGCUCUUCCAAAACUGCUGAAUCUGGUGGCUUUGUCCUGUGGCAAAUGAAUCCCGACAUGUGGUAUGUGGAGUUGGCUCUUGGUGGAAGUAAAGUUCAUGCCGGUUGCAAUGGGAAGCUUGUUUGGAGGCACACACCCUGGCUUGGUCCACAUGCUGCAAAAGGCCCUGUUAGACCCUUGCGGCGUGCAUUGCAGGGUCUUGACCCAAGAACAACAGCGAGCAUGUUCACUAAUGCAAGAUGCAUCGGAGAAAAGAAGAUCAACGACGAUGACUGCUUCAUCCUCAAGAUAUGUGCUGAUCCUGCAACUCUGAAGGCUAGAAGCGAAGGACCGGCAGAGAUAAUUAGGCACGUUCUGUUUGGCUACUUCAGCCAGAAAACGGGCCUCCUUGUUCACCUGGAAGACUCCCACUUGACCCGGAUCCAGAACAAUGGUGGUGAUGCUGUUUACUGGGAGACCACAAUCAACUCCUUCCUCGAUGAUUACAGACCAGUGGAUGGGGUCAUGAUUGCUCAUUCGGGUCGUUCGGUUGUAACCCUCUUCAGGUUUGGAGAUACAGCAAUGAGUCACACCCGGACCCGAAUGGAAGAAGCUUGGGUAAUCGAGGAAGUAGCGUUCAACGUACCUGGACUGUCGAUGGACUGUUUCAUCCCUCCUGCUGAGUUGAGGUUUGCUUCGGUAAGUGAAACCUGUGAGCUUCCUCAGACGCAGAGGGUGGUUAAACCUGCCAUGGCUGCUGCAGGCUAUCAGACAAGAGUUGCUGCAUUGGAGAGAAAUCAAGAAGGCGGUGCUGAGAACAACGUUCGGUGGACGAUGGAUGAUUAGGGAAGACGGGGAAAAGUUCGUAGUAGUGGCUUAGUAGAUUAGAAGGAGGGCAAAACAGGCGGAAGAAUGUAGGGCGUUGAACCAAAAUGUCUCUUUUGAAUUUGUAAAUAGAUUAGAGCCGAGAGUCAGUCGUCAAUCUUCAUAUAUCAAAUGUCAAAAGUUCCAGGUUUCUAGGCCCAAGUUAGCAGACAGACCAAGUUAUGGUAAUAUAAUCCAUUUAGAGCUUGUUCAUUCAUCUGGUGAAGAAGAUGCUUAACAGUAACAGAUCAUAGCUUUACUGCUGCACUCAAGCGAUAGCCAAUAAGUUCUGCAUUCAUCAAUCAUGUUGACUGUGCCUGAUCUAUUUGCACUUUGAUCUAUUGCAAUAGACUCUGGAUUUUAUU